AUGUUUCUGCUGGCUUGUGGCUUUUGCUUUGCAUAUGAUCUGGAGUACCAUCAGCUGCUUGACAAGGCUGAAAAACUAGUGAUGGAGGAAACUGCAUUUGAAGAAAUUGAGAGAGAUUUUCAGGAGGUUCUCAGUGAACUUUCAGGAGACAGAAGUCUGGAAAAAUUCAGGAUUGAAUAUGAGAAGCUUCAUGCUGUCAUGAAAAAGUCUUACGAAAAUGAGAAGCGUCUCAUGGCCAAAUGCAGAGAGCUGAACGCAGAGAUUGUGGUGAACUCUGCCAAGGUUGCCACUGCCCUGAAGCUUUCUCAGGAUGACCAGAUCACCAUCACAUCUCUCAAGAAGGAAAUUGAAAAAGCCUGGAAGAUGGUGGAUUCGGCAUAUGAUAAGGAGCAAAAGGCCAAGGAGACAAUUCUUGCCCUGAAAGAGGAAAUUGUGAACCUGACCAAACUAGUUGAGCAGGGGACUGGACUGUCAAUGGACCAGGACAGCAACAUCCGAGAUUUACUGAAGUUCAAAGAAGAGGUGACCAAGGAGCGCGACCAGCUCUUGACAGAAGUGGUGAAACUGCGUGAGAACCUCGCUCAGACCUCUGAACAGCAGCAGGAAACAGAGCGCGCCAAGGAGGAUGCGGAACAGAUCAUCACUCAGUUCCAACAAGAAAUUCAGCAUCGCCAGAAUGAAGCUUCCAGGGAGUCCCGGAAGAAGGAGAAGCUGGAGAAAGAGCUCAGGCAGAUCCAGACGGACAUGGAAAACAGGCAGACGGAGAUCAAGGCUCUGCAGCAGUACAUGGUGAAGAGCAAGGAGGAGCUUCAGCGGCUGGAGCAGCAGCUCAAGGAGCAGAAGAUACUGAACGAGAGAGCUGCGAAGGAGCUGGAGCAGUGUCAGAUGCGGAAUACGAAACUCCAGCAAGAGAACGAACAGCACACUUUGACGUGUGAACAGCUGUCCCAGGAAAACCAGCAGAAGACCCUGGAACUCAAAUCCAAAGAGGAAGAAGUCCACCAGAUGCGCACAGACAUUGGGAAGCUGAACAAGAUCCGGGAACAGAUCCACAAGAAGCUGCACCUGCUCGAGGACCAGAAGGCAGAGGUGGAGCAGCACAAGGAGACCCUGAAGAACCAGAUCCUGGGGCUGGAGAGAGAGGUGGAAUCUUCAAAGAAGCAAGCGGAGAUGGAUAAGAAGGCAAUGGAGGAGCUUCUGAGGGAAAGAGACAUCCUAAACAAGAAUAUGCUUAAAGCAAUCGGUUCGACUCAGAAGCAGGUGGAAAUGGUGAAGCUCCAUGAGCAAGCCAAGAAGAACCUGGAGGAGGAGAUCCAGAACUACAAGGACGAGGCCCAGAAGCAGAGGAAGAUCAUCUUUCAGCUAGAGAAGGAGCGAGAUCGGUACAUCAACGAGGCCAGUGACCUCACUCAGAAGGUCCUUGCACACAUGGAAGACAUUAAAGUCCGUGAAAUAGAGAUCUUUGACUACAGGAAAAAAAUCGCUGAAUCCGAGACUAAGUUAAAACAGCAACAAAACCUGUAUGAAGCUGUGAGAUCAGACAGAAACCUGUAUAGCAAAAACCUGGUGGAGGCGCAGGAUGAAAUCACGGAGAUGAAGAGGAAGCUGAAGAUCAUGACGCACCAGGUGGACCAGCUGAAGGAGGAGAUCUCCGCCAAGGAGUCCGCCCUCGUGAAGCUGCACCUGGAGCAGCAGCGCAUCGAGAAGGAGAAGGAGACUCUGAAGGCUGAGCUGCAGAAGCUGAGGCAACAAGCCCUGGAGACCAAACGCUUCAUCGAGAAGCAGGAGGUAGAGGAGAGGAAGCUCUUGCGCAUCAUCGCCGAGGCCGACGGGGAGCGGCUGAGGCAGAAGAAGGAAUUAGACCAGGUCAUCAGUGAGCGAGACAUCCUGGGGUCUCAACUGGUUCGGCGCAACGAUGAGUUAGCCCUGCUCUAUGAGAAGAUCAAGAUCCAGCAGUCGGUGCUGAACAAGGGGGAGACCCAGUACAACCAGAGGGUGGAAGAUAUGCGCAUCCUCAAACUGGAGAUCAAGAAGCUCCGCAGGGAGAAGGGGAUCCUUGCCAGGAGUGUGGCUAAUGUGGAGGAACUCAGGCAGGAGCUUUUCCACAUGCAAAGAGAAUUCUUGAAGGAAAGGACGAGAUGCCGAGCCCUGGAGGAGGAGCUGGAGAACCCCAUGAAUGUGCACAGAUGGAGAAAGCUGGAGGCCAGCGACCCCAGUACCUUUGAGCUGAUCCAGAAAAUCCACACCCUGCAGAAGCGACUCAUCGGCAAGACAGAAGAGGUGGUGGAGAAAGAGCUUCUUUUGCAGGAAAAGGAGAAGCUGUACGUGGAACUGAAGCACAUCUUGGCCCGGCAGCCUGGCCCUGAGGCGGCAGAGCAGCUGCAGAUCUACCGCCACACGCUGCGCGAGAAGACCAAGCAACUGAAAGUUCUGUCAUCAGAGCUGAAUAUGUACGAAUCACAGAGCCAGGAGUACAAGUACGAGAUCGAGAGACUUGGCAAUGAACUGGUGACGAUAAAGAAGAAGUACCUGGCUCAGAAGCGUAAAGAGCUCAUUCUGAAAAACAAGGACAAGAGACCCAUGAACACUAUGUUCUCAGAGCCCCGGCAUUCUGGCCCUCGGUUUACCGGGGGUGGAUUUCCCCUCAACCAGCCGUCUAAGGCAACGCAGGCCUUGGCACUCGGUGGCAGCCCUUGGACAAGGAGACGGCAGGUGCUGAUGCUGGAGGUGGAAGUGCAUAUCCGCUUUUGUAUGCUGUGCAAUUUUAGGCGCAGGGAAGCCACGCUGUACCAGAGGGCAGUGUUCCAGACAGAUAAAGAUAAAAUAGCCAAGGUAAUUGUGGAGAUGGAGUGUCGUUGGAAAAUGAUCUGA